CAGUACCUUCUGUAAUUGAAGCUCAGGCCAAUACGCGGUUGCUUAGCGGCCCCUUAUGGCAGAACCUAAAUAAUUUGUUAGAUUUCUUACUUUGCCUCUGCUGCCAUUCUGAGUGAUUUAUGGGGAACAACAAAACAUUCAAAUCGCCACAGUACUGGAAGAUUUGGGAAAAUACUUGAUCCCCCCCUCUUCCUGCUUUUAACGUGUAACACGUUGUCUGCUUCUUAUAUUCUGACACGUCUGUGUGUUUAUUUUUAGGUUUGACGGGGCGUGUGAAAUUCAUGGCAAAAGCUUAAAACGUGAACUCAAAACGUUGUUUUACUUUUUGUGUAGCGUAAAUUGCCUGAGCUUAGAAAGUAAUUUAUCGAUUUACUUACACCUACCCCUAGGGAAAAAAUAUUCUCGUCCGCUCGUCCUGAGAAUAGUACUUCAUCCAGCUGAAAUAGUCAAAUGUAACUUUUUUAAUUACUGUUGUUUUUGUUGAGCUUUAUAUGUAAGCUUCUGAUCGACUGGCUGCGAGUGGGAAAAUGUUUAGAAAUAAGCCAGCGAUUUCGCCGCUAGUUUCUACGUUGCGGUAGGUAAUACACUAGGUUCAGAAUAAACGGAGAGGGCUUUAGGGCAGCACGUCAGUUUGAUCAAACUGCUGACUGAUUGGGAAAAAAAGAUAGUAUGAAAUUUCCAGAAUGAUUGGGAAUCAAACGUUCUAGUGGAUACAUCAUUUACAACUCCUCAGCAAGCUCUUUCCUAAGGUUUUGUUUAUCUCCGCUCGGCACAGGAGCGAACGAAGACUUGGAAUGAGAUUGGCCCACGCGCCACCUGCUGUAAGAAAAUUGUUGAGUUGAUUUGUUUUUUAGUUGAAUACUGUUGCCAGCCGUUCUUGAUAUUCGGUGAACAAAAACACAUAGCUCAGUGUUUAUAAUUUAAAACACCUCUAGUUAACAAAUGGAGUUCGAGAGAGAUCUGAACGGUGUCACUGGCCAACUAUUUGAAUUAGACAGAAACGCAAUAACAUAACUUGAAAAGCCUUUGGGCGGGCUCUCAUGGAUCAGCCUUUUUAGUUUGGUUUGUUUGUUUUGAGUUUUUCGAGCUCUAUUGCUAAAAACAAGCUUCAGUUGGUUGAGUUGAUCACCUUUUCAAUCCGCGCUAUCGAAAGGUUGAUAUAGUCGAACUUUUCCAAUAGAACAAUGAACAGUUUUCAGUCGAAACUCUUAAUCAAUAUGCAACAAUCGCUUGAACCAAUCCAACCGUAAAAGAACGAGAAAACACUUAACCAACUCAACCAACCUAAAAAACUUUAUUCCAGUUAAACACGGCCAAAUAGCUGUUACACUAAACACUUCAACCAAAUCAACCGAAUCAAGUUCCAUUUGCAAUGAUUGGUCCAAAAGAUCGACUUUGACAGCAUAUGCUGUUAAACGCCACAGAAAAUACUCCGAUAUACCGAAUGUAGCGGGAGGUUGCAGAUUGACAAACACUUGGUAGCCACCGAAUAUUCUAAUGCUGUGGCUUCAAAGGGCGGAAGUGAAGAGAACACCGGAAACGUUUGUGGACAAAACAGUUACUGGAAAGCAAACAUCACGGUCAGUGUUUCGGACCCAUUUAAGAGAAUACCUCGAUUGCGUGUGGUUAUAAGCGCGUGAAAAUUAUACCUAUAGAUACAAUUUAUCACCGCAGAAUUUUUAAAAUAAUUCAAAACAAUCGUGAUAUUUCUCCACAGGUGAAAAAUCACUUAAGUGUUCCUUGAUAAACCAACUCUGGUGGGUGGCUACUAAGUCCUUUGUUAGAACUCGGUCACGUGACGUUUGACCAAUAGAGAGUCGACAGCUCUCGGUAAAGGUCUUUAGCCUGACAAUUUGUUACUUUCGUUAGAAAAGACACCAUGAAUCGACCACCCCCUAAUCUAUAGCAAUCAUGACCGUCAUCCAUUAUUCAUUCAAAGGAACAAUCAAUAGAAUGUAGCUCAUUUCAAAUAUGUCCUAAUGGCCGUUGGGUUUUUUCGUACUGUUAUCCGAUCCUGCAAAAGGACUUAAUAAUCUCUACCAUGGUGAUUUGCGCUAAUCAAUUAGUAGCAAGUUCGCAAGGAGUGAGCUGAUCAACAGACUCCAAGAGGGACAUCAUGAGAGACAUCGUUCAUAUUCAGGUUGGACAGUGCGGGAACCAGAUAAGUUCCAAGUUUUGGGAAAUGAUCUCGGAUGAACAUGGCAUAACACCAGAUGGAUACUACACGGGAAAAUCUCCAAAUCAACAGGACAGACUCAACGUUUACUUUAACGAAACAGCGGAUGGCAGGUACAUCCCAAGGGCAGCAUGCCUGGACCUGGAGCCAGGCUCGAUAGACUCGCUCCGUUCCUCAAAGUACGGAGGACUGUUCAGCCCUGACAACUGCAUAUGUGGUCAGAGCAGCGCAGCCAACAACUGGGCCAAGGGAUUUUACACAGAAGGUUCCGAACUCUUGGAAUCUGGAAUGGACUGCAUUCGAAAACUAGCGGAAUUCUGCGAUUGUGUCCAGGGUUUCCAAGUAGCUCAUUCACUGGGAGGGGGAACUGGCUCUGGUCUCGGUUCACUUUUAAUGUCAAAAAUUCGCGAAGAAUACCCGGAUAGACUGCUAAGCAGUUUCUGCGUGCUGCCGUCACCACGAGUGUCAGAGACAGUGACUGAGCCUUAUAACGCAACACUAAGCUUUCAUCAUCUUGUGGACAUUGCAGAUGCUGCUAUUUGUAUCGAUAAUGAGGCUUUGUAUCAUAUCUGUUCGAACAUUUUAAAACUGAAGACGCCAACUUAUAGCGAAUUGAACAAAUUAGUAGCCACUACCAUGGCAGGAGUUACCACGUCGCUUCGCUAUCCUGGCCAGCUAAACGCAGACCUCAGAAAACUCUCAGUAAACAUGGUCCCAUUUCCUCGCCUUCAUUUCUUUAUACCGUCUCACGCGCCUCUUAUCAGCCAGCAAUCACAAGGGUAUAGGUCAUAUGGCAUUUCGGAGCUCACCAGCAGCAUGUUUGGACCUCAAAACAUGAUGGUAGCCUGUGACCCACGUCAGGGGAGGUAUCUCACUGCUGCAGCUAUGUUCAGAGGUCAGCUCGCCAUGAGAGAGGUGGAGGAAACUAUCUCCGAAAUGCAAAAUGCGCACUCGUCUUCUUUUGUGGAGUGGAUUCCGAAUAACAUGAAAACAGCCGUGUGUAAUGUGCCACCGAAAGGACAAAAAACAUCCGCUACCUUUCUAUACAACAGCACCGCUAUACAAGAGGCGUUCAAAAGAUUCACAGACCAGUUUUCGGCCAUGUUCAGAAGACGAGCUUUUCUCCAUUGGUAUACGACUGAAGGCAUGGAUGUUAUGGAGUUUACUGAGGCGGACUCCAACAUGAAUGACCUCAUUGCCGAGUAUCAGCAAUACGAGGAAGCAGGAUUGCAUGACGUCAUCUACGAUGAAGGCGAAUACGAAGAGCUUGUAGAUUUCUCCAGUGACGGGUCAAAUAACAUGUAAAAGAAAGAAGUUAUCAGCGUGUUACCUAGUUCAACUUAUUAUCUCGCAAUUAAACUAUCAUCUAAAUGAAAUUAAGGGAUAUCUAUGUCUCACCGUUGAGUUCUAAGUAUAAAUAUGAAUUCAACCGAAUUAUUAUUGAAUUCUUAAUAGUGAGCUCGAAAUUGAAUUUAAAAAUAACUGCAUGCUCCGAUCAAGGUAACUAGAUGUUUUCGUUAUGAGCAAUUUUUGUGAUGCUUUUAAUUUUGCCUCUAAGAAGUCCGGGACUUGAUUUAGUUUUAAUCCAAACCACUUCUUGCAAUAUUUUUACGAUUGAGCUAUUACUGGAAGUAAAAAUGAGAGAAAAACAAUGGAACAUUUUUUCCAGAAACUAUUAGAAUUUACUGAUAAAGGGGAAAUGUACGAGAGAUUGCUAAAAGAAACGUAUUGUGGUGGAGCCUAAAAAUAUUCCACAAUUAGCUGAUGUUAUAGUGAUAUAACUUUAUUUUAUUUUGUAUUUAUCGGUGAUUUUUUAAUUUGUAUUUGUUCGGCUAAAAAUUAUGAGCUGCCCAUAAAUGUAAAUAUUGCAAGUGAAUUGCAGUUUUUGCGAAACAAUCCGCAAAUUCAAGUAAAUUAUGUAAUUGCAAAAAAUUCUAUUAUUCGAAUCCGUCUAUUGAUGUUGUUUUUCGCAAAGGAGUUAGUUAAGCAAUGAAUGAAAUUUUGAAUUAAUCCUUUAAUUAAAUUGUAGCAAAUUAAGUAGAAUACUCUUUUAUAGUGUAUUAACAUAGAAAGAAUCCAUGUUGAUAGAAGAUGUUUAUUCAGAGCAGGACUAUCUUUCAUUCGACGAGUUGUAAUAGAAAUCCGCAAACCUGAUUGGUUCUCCCAUUGUUAUCUAUUUAACAAUUAUAUAUGUCGAAUUAUUCUCGCAUUUUGAUUGGUUAUUAUCAUUUUUUUUUGUUUCUUUAUUAUAUAAAACAGAUCGAUAAAAUAUUGCCGUGCGUCUGCUCAGUAACAGAUCACCGAAGACGUCAAAAUGAGGUAAGAACACCAGUGACACUCGGCAAUCGCCUAAUGUGCCACUUUUUUGUUCUUCCACAUUUUGACGUCAUCUGUCAUCAGCUACUGAACAGACGCCCGGCAACAUGGAAUCUAUUUCUUAAAUAUAACGUGAUUGCGCGCACGCAGUCCUCGAGGGGGAAAAUUUGUCUUAUUUUGAAAUACACAAAAUUAUAAGUUUGGAAAGGAACCUUUUAGACUCCACGAAAACAAUUAGACUCCUCGCCCUCGGUUUCUCGGAGCAAUAGUCAACUCGGCUGCGCCUCAUUAUACUAUUCGCUCACAGAAAACUCGGGUUCGAGGUCCAGUUAAGUGACACAUACAAGCUAACAAAGUACCAUCAUAUAUGUUGGCCUCAAGAAUAUAAGUAUUCAGGUCAGCUAAGGAAUCUCGCCGCAAAGAAAUCCCAUACCUUUUACAAAAUAUUCAGUAAUUAUUAUUUUCAUGAGGAUUAAGCUGAUAGAGUAAUAUUUAACAAAAA